AUGGCUAUCAACCCACAAAUUUCCAACCUGGUCAUCAUCCUGGGAUUCAUGCAAAUCUCAAAAAAGAUUCCGUUUGAUGACCCCAACGUACUCAACGGCGUGCGCGCACUCUACAUUGUCUCCAACCUGAUCAUCGCGGGCAUCUACCUCUACGUCCAGACGCAGAUCAACAAGAAGAAUGACAUGACCGUCGUCAAAUACGUCGAGCCCGCGCCAAUGGGAUCCGGCGAGGAACCCAAAUUCGUCGCUACAACCGUCAAGGCGUACGAUCUCGGCAAGCUGCGCGAGCUCUUCAAGGCCCAGGCCAUGGGUGUCGGCAUGAUGUGCGUUAUGCACCUUUACUUCAAAUACACCAACCCGCUCCUCAUCCAGUCCAUCAUCCCCCUCAAGGGCGCGUUCGAGGGAAACCUCGUCAAGGUUCAUUUGUUCGGACAGCCGGCAACUGGUGACCUGGCCAGGCCAUGGAAGGCUGCUGGCGGUAUGAUGGGUAUGGGUGCUGGUGAGAUUAAGACGGACAAGAAGAGCAUUGAGGCUGCUGAGCGCGCUGGACGCGGUGGUGUCAAGGAUGAGUAG